CUCACCGAAGUACCUAGCAAACCCAAUAUAACCAUUGACAAGUUGGCUCCCGAAGCUGAAAGGCUGCACAAGUUUGUGCGUAUAGCUGCAAUGAAUAAGGAUAAGAAGGACAUAAAUGACUUGAAGGAGCCGGAUGAUAUUUCGUACUUGGUUUGGGAAAGUACUUUUGUUAAAUGCGGAGUUGCAUUUAUGACUUUUGUCUGUCUCUUGAGUGAUAGAUAUACUGAUUAUAUUAUUCAAAAUAUGGACCAGGGUAUGUCAUCAGGUUUUGCCAUGUUUAUUUUGUCCGCUAUGUUUGUUUUUGUCUUUUUGAAGGACUUGACCUUUAUUCGACCGAGCAGAAGCGGAAAGACUAAGGAACAAAAGGAAAAAAUGUAUAUGGAAAGAAAGAGAGAAGAACAAAUGCUAAGUGCUGCAAGCUAAGAAAAAAAUAUAUAAAACAAUUUACAUCUAGCUUUCUUUCUUUGCUAUUAAAAUUUUCCUUUUCCUUUUCCUUUUCUACUCCAACAUUUUCAUUAUUACUUUUAAACUUUCAAAAUAUUUUUUGGUAUAAUAAUCA